AAUUUUCACACAGAAAAAAAAUUUUCAACUACUAGAACGUUAAUAAUGGUUAAGUCAGGUAUUGCCAGUGGAUUAAACAAGGGUCACAAAGUCACCCCAAAGGAUGUCAAGCCAAAGAUCUCUUACAGAAAGGGUGCUUUGUCCAAGAGAACCGUCUUUGUCAGAGACAUCGUCAAGGAAGUUGCCGGUUUGGCCCCAUAUGAAAAGAGAUUGAUCGAAUUGAUCAGAAACGCUGGUGAAAAGAGAGCUAAGAAGUUGGCCAAGAAGAGAUUGGGUACUCACAAGAGAUCUUUAAAGAAGAUUGAAGACAUGAACAAGGUCAUCGCUGAAGCCAGAAGACACUAAACAUACUUUCAAAGUCUUUUAAAUCAUAACAUCUGAUGUACAAAUAAUAUAAGUCAACAUUCUACAAUGA